AUGGGGGCGCGGUGGGCGCGGUGCGUGGCGCUUUCGCUGGCAUGGGCCGCGUGCGCCGCCGCGCCUGCCGGCUCGCCACCCGCGCCCCCGCCCGAUACCCCUUGCGACCCCCUGCUCCUCAAGAGACCGCCGCCCAUGCCACCAAACGUCCGAGAGUAUGAAGCGGCAGUGGCCCAAACCGCCCGAGCGCUAUCGGAGCUAGUGGAGCAAGGAGCAGCAGACGAAGCCAGGGCGGCAGCGCUUGCUCGAGCAGCCGCACGUGCUCCGCUCCACCCACCACCCGCAGCCGUCGCGCUCGGAGCACCGCAGCUACAUCUCGGAGUUCUUUACAUUUCCGACCCACCGAGACUGAUAGUGUUCCAACAAAACAACUCGGCUACACUUCAACAGUUCUGGCGUACUUUAGCAUCCGCCUGGAACGCAAGUCUUGUCCUCUGGUCUAACGCGUGGUAUUCAUGUGAGGGGAACCCUGGCUGGUGGGGUGGAACUGCCGCAGCGAGGGGUGCGGGACCGGUCAGGGCUGCUGCUGCUAUUUUUCGCCGGAUACCGGCAUUGCCUUGUGAAGAAAGUAUGUACGAAUGGUUAGGCGGCCCGCCGCUGUGUGAUCCGGUUACAACGGAUUGUGAGGCUAUGCCAACUGAAAAUGAAGAACAAAGAUUACAGUAUCGAUGCAAAUGCAGCUCGGGCCACUGGCACCCCGGUGGCGGCGGCCUGGCUUGGCUGAGCGGCGCCACCCUGGCAGAUACUGGCCAGCUGAAUUGCACGCCGUGCGGUCUGGGCAGCCACCCAGCCGCUUGCUUGGCUGAGGCCUACCGCGCCUCGCUCCUCGCUGCCAACUUGGCUGGCAUGCUGCUGUGUCUAGUCAUAGGAUUCAUAAUUUUUAAAAAGAGGAAAUGUAAAGCGGUGGCAAUGGGAAUGUGGACGGUGUUGGAAGUAGUUCUCCUUGGUGCGAUGCUCAUGUAUGGUUCGGCGGCUUCCCAAUACAUAUCAGACGCUCGAUGGCGCUGCGUAGCGGGUGCGUGGCUUCGCGAGUUGGGAUUCGUAGCGUGCUACGGCUCCGUGGUGCUACGACUCUGGGUCCUACUAGCCGAGUUCCGUACUAGGAAAGCGCAUCGUUGGACACCGAGGGACUCCGAGGUUUUAAGGAUAGUAGCUGCCAUGGUGCUGGGCGCAGCAUGCUAUCUUGCUGCUUUCACAGCGACAGCGGCAUGCGACGAGGAUGCCAGUGCUGGCUGCGCUCGCGCUGCAUGGCACCACGUCACUGCCGCUGCAGAGCUCCUGCUGCUGGCGGCUGGCCUGAGGAUUGCACAUGCCGCCAGAAACGCUAACGUUCCGUUUCAGGAGCGUGGUUGGCUAGCGGCGGCGCUAUGGUCGGAGGGGGUGUGCGGGGUGGCGUGGCGAGCAGCCGCGCUGGUGGGCGCGGCGCCGGAGCGCUCCGCGUUGGCCGCGGCUGCGCGUGCGCAUCUGUCCUCAGGCGCCGCGCUCGCCUGCGUGCUGGCGCCGAGGCUGUGGCACGGGUACCGCGCGAGAUCGCUCGCACAAGAGGUAUCGCGGCGCGGUCCGGCGGAGGGUUUCGGUGCGGAGGGCGAAGAGGAGCCCACGUCGGAGGAGGUGCGUGCGGAGCUCAAGCGGCUAUACGUACAGCUUGAGAUCAUGCGCAACCAGACCCUGCGGCGUGACAACCCGCACAUCAGCAAGCGGCGCGGAGGACGCAAACCGCCGCAUCGACGCUUCUCGCUACAGAAAAAGGGCAGUCGUGAAAAGGCAUUGCAAGCACGUCGUGGGGGAAAGAAUAAAGCGAGCAGCCAGAGUGUGGUCGAGGCGAGUGAAGCAGGAGACGCCUCUAGAACUCCUGAAGAUUCCGUCUGCUCCAUUGAAGGUCCAUCACAUUACACGGACGGAGACACACUAGCGUGAUUAAAUAUUUUACAUCAGCCGAAUGUAAAGCUCCGAAGUUGUGAACCUUGUGUUACAGGUUAACAUGAAACUAUCUUCAUGUUAAAAAUCGUUUUAC